AUGAGAACAAACCAUACCAUUCAUCCACUCGAACAUAAUCACAGUACUGAGGCUGCUUUCCAUGUGCUCGAAAAUCAUCAACAUGCAUCCCAUAGUCAGGAACAUGUCGAAACCAUGCCGACUCCUACCCUUUCCUUCAGCAACAAGAACCACACACCACAAGAACUGAGCAGGGGGAGAAGCAAUAGUAGUAAUACUUUCCAACAAGAUCGUUGUACACUUCCAACCUCGCUUCUCUCUCAACAACAACAUGUACACUCACAUCCAUCCACCAUCAACACUAGGGCCCAUGCAACAUCUUCUCAGACUUUUCAUUCACCUCGGCAGCAACAACAACAAGAACAACACAUGCAUAAUGAAUCCUCGAAUUCAAAGUAUACCAUAUCGAGUUCAUCCUCUUUCUCUCAUGGAUUACAUACAUGCAUGGGUGGUAGUAAUAAUAACUACCAACACAUGUAUUUACCUUCAGUACAUGAAACGAAUGUAUACAACAACACUAUGGCCAAAACAACAACGGAUCAUGAUUUUGGAUCUGAAACACCCUUUCAUUCAUCCAUGCUUCGGCCGUCAACACUCUUGUCCAAUUCAACGACAUUUACAGCAAAAAAUCUGACAAAUAGAGAUGAUGAUGGCCACAUCACGAUGGACAAGGGAAUACAACAAGUUCAAACCGCCAAUCAAAAUUGUGAGUUCAGCCACGACUCAAUAUUUCCCGAUUUGUCCAAUAAGGAUAAACAAAAAUCGCCUAUUGGGAUGUCUAUACAUGAUACCGAGAACAUGAACAACAACAACACCAGCAACAAUAACACCAGAUUCAAUAUGUCAUCGAACAGCAGCGAGGAUGUAUUACGUAAAGGAAGGAGAGCGAGUUUCAGUUACAGUGGAAGUGGUGGGAGUGGAGCAGCAGCAAGCAGCACCAUUUCAUCAUCUUCCUCACCUCCUUACUAUCAACAACAAUCACAUCAAACACCACCACCUCCUCGACUAAAUUCAGAGCAGCAACAACAGCAAGGAAUCAAGAGACCCAAUGGCCAACAGGCUCAUAUCACCAUGACCACAAUCACAUUUGAAGAGUUGUCCAUGUACUUUGAUUGGAAAUUAGAGCAUGCGUGUGAGGCUAUCGGUAUUAGCAGCACAUCCAUGAAGAAACUAUGUAGACAUUUCAAUAUUCCAAGAUGGCCAUAUAGAAAACUUCGAAGUCUGUACAUCAAAAAAGAGAAGAUUUUAGAAAACAUGAAGAGUAACAAUUCCAAAAAAUUGGAACAGCAACUGGCACAAGUGGAUGGUGAAAUUGAAAGAGUGAAAACCCCAUCUCGGCCCAGUGCUGCAUAUCAAUUAAACAACAGCAAUACGAGUGGUGAAGAAGAGUCAGGCGAAGAAAAUAGUGAUCAAGAAAUUGACACCUCACAACAGAUGUCAAAAAAAGAAAAGAAAAAGACUCCAGUGUACAGAAGAUCAGUAACACCUUCUACUCCCCCUGUCAUUUCUCAGAGUUCCUAUUCGCAUCAUGAAUCGAGAUGUGAAUCGAUCAGCGAGCAACAGAGAUACCUUAGUCACUCACCUACGCUCCGUAAAUCUCCACCCGAAACUAUACCAUUCAACAAUUCCUUAUUUCGACCUCAAGCACAACCAUCAGCAACUUCUUCUAGGGUGACAAAUAGUUCAUUCAUUGGUGACAACAACUCCAAUUUCCCUGUAUAUGCAAAUCCUCCUCUACAUCACCAUUCAGCAUAUCAUACUUCCUCAACGUCCCCUCCUCUGUCACACCCACCACUUCAACAAAUCAAGCCAAGUGAAAUUCCAAAUCCUUUUUCUUCAUCCAAUUCUUCUUCUGCCAAGUUACCAUCUAUUCAUGAUUUAUUGAAAGAUUUUAACACCAAACGGGAAUAUUAA